AGUCUGAGGACCAGGGAUCAGAGAUCAGGUAAACUGGAAACUCAGUAUCAACGCCAAGAAGAGGACUCAACUGGAAAUCCACCUGUAUCCUCAGAAAGAAUUGUUUUAAACGUUAGUGGUCUGAUAUUUGAGACUUAUGCUAUCACGCUGCAUAAGUUUCCAAACACCCUUCUUGGAGAUCCUGUAAAGCGCGCCCAAUUCUUUGAUCCUCGUCAUGGGCAUUAUUUUUUUGACAGACAUCGAGGAAGCUUUGAGAGCAUAUUAUUUUAUUAUCAAGGCAAUGGAUUUAUACAGCGCCCCUUAACAGUCCCACUUGCUGUGUUUUUGGAGGAGGUGAAAUUUUUCCAGCUUGGUGAGAAGGUCGUACGAAGUUUACUAAGAGACGAAGGUCUGAAAUCUAUGGAUGAUAUUUUAUUGCCUGAUGGUUCUUCGCGACAAAAUUUAUGGCUGUUUGUUGAAUACCCUUUAAGUUCUCGCUACGCCAGAUGGUUUUCCAUUUUUUCCAUUACAAUAAUUUUGAUAUCUGUGGCAAGCUUUUGUCUGGAGACGCUACCGCUCUUCAUUACCUAUCACGUAGAAAUAACAAAAACUGUUCCAAAAUUUACGGCCGACAAUUUUUUCUUCCGAGAGGAGUUUUUCUACGUAGAAUUAACUUGCAUGCUGUGGUUUACGAUUGAGAUAUUCAUAAGAUUUUACAGCUGCCCGAAUCGGUAUUCAUUCUUUAGAAGCGCCUUAAAUAUUCUUGACAUCGCAUCCGUUUUGCCUUUUUAUGCCUUGAUCAUAAUGAUGUGUUUUGAAAUUCCCAUCACACGUCCUACAAUCUAUUUACGGUUUUUCCAUUUUCUGAGACUUUUCCGCGUUAUUCGAGUUCUGAAACUUUCUCGUCACUCAAAAGGGUUGCAAGUGCUUGCCAAGACCAUGGUGGCGAGCAGUCGUGAACUUACCCUUCUACUGUUUUUCCUUAUUGUGUGUGUGGUGCUUUUCGCAACUGCAGUCUAUUACGCGGAGCUUGACUCCCAUCCAAACAGCUUUGCUAGCAUUCCAGACUCCUUUUGGUGGGCUGUGGUGACAGUGACUACUGUGGGUUAUGGAGACAUGCAUCCCCAAACCACGCUAGGUAAAUUCGUUGGAUGCUUGUGUGCCGUGGCUGGGGUUCUCACAAUUGCACUUCCAGUUCCUGUGAUUGUUUCUAAUUUCAAUUACUUUUACGUAAAGGAAAGGGAAAAUGAGGAACUUAUUAAUUACGCUUUAUUGAAUCGGCGAAGGACUCAAGGCCUGGCAGAUGAUCAAAUUUUUACUGAAUUCUAA